AAAUUGUUUUACUUCCAGCCUAGUGAUUUCAGAACGGAGCUGAAAAUAAUUGGCCAGACAGGGAAGCUUGGACAGAAAGAAAAACUAAGCUUUGUGAGCCUAGCGAGACAAAUUGAAGGGGCGAUAAACAAAGUGUAUAAGUCCUCCGAAGUUGUAGAUGCUGUUUUAUGGCCAUUAACUCUAGGAUGAGACUGAAAAGUUAUUUAGAAGGGCUGGGAGACUUGACUCUGUCUUGGUUAAGACACCUCUUGAGAUCUCUUUACCAGGAGAAGAGUGCAACGGAACUUUAACAAAAAUUAACAGGAGUAACAGGGGAGUCCACAAAAACUUUCCUAUCAGAACUUGGACUCUAAAAAAAGGAUCCUUUUUGCCACAAAGUAGAAACUGCACUUAAGUGCGACCCUAACCUGGUUCAGGGGAUAUUUUCUCUUGCAGUAGAUACAAAUCUUAUGCAGCAUUCAAUCCGCAGUAGAUGAAGGCUCUUUUUACAAAUCCGGGGGUACAGGAUGAAGACUUAAUCAAGCUCACGAAUGUCGUGGUGUCAUGGGAUAUGGAGAGGAGAUCCAAGUUAGGAUCCCCUGACGGUCAAAAAAGUUCCACGGUUAAGAGGUUGAUGUAUCACGAGUAGAGGGGGUUGCUCAACCGGAAGCGACUGACCUAAAGGUGAAAGUAACUGAGAAAGAGAGGUCGAGGAAAGAGAAGUUCAUGGCUGCACCACAAGCUGAUCGCCACCCUGAAGCUAGAAUCAGUGAAAAGGAAUGA